AUGUCGCAGCAAAAGGGCAAGCAGGGCAAGAAGCCCGCCAAGGCCGGCGAGGGCAAGCGCGAGGAUGUGCUCCAGGCUGUGGUCAUUGCCGACUCGUUCCAGGACAGGUUUCACCCGCUCACGAUCGACCAGCCGAGAUGCCUUCUACCCCUCGCCAACACGCCCCUCAUCGAGUACACCCUCGAGUUCCUGGCCAUGAACGGCGUCCAGGAGGUGCACAUAUACCCCGGAGCCCACGGCGAGCAGCUCGAGGACUACAUCAACCGCUCGCGCUGGUCCACCUCCUCCGACAAGAGCCCCUUUGCCAACCUCUCCUUCAUCCGCGUGUCCGAUGCCCGUUCCGUCGGCGACUUCCUCCGUGACCUCGACGGCCGCGGGUACAUUGACGGCGACUUUGUGCUGGUCCACGGCGACCUCGUGUCCAACAUUUCUCUCGAAAAGGCCUUGACGGGGCACAAGGCGCGGAAGGAGGCCUCGGCCACCAACAUCAUGACCGUUGUGCUGCGCUCCGGUGGUGACGACGAACACAGGACAAAGGCCAACGGCAUCACACCAACAUUUGUCAUCGACUCCAAGACGAGGAGAUGUCUUCACUACGACGAGUCGCACCCCCUCCAGAGCGACCACUACAUGACGCUCGAUCCGACCAUCAUUGACGAGCUGUCGGCCGAUUUCGAGGUCCGCUCCGACUUUAUCGACGCCCAGAUCGACAUUUGCACCCCCGAGGUGCUGGCGCUGUGGUCAGAGAGUUUCGACUACGAGCUGCCGAGGAGGAAUUUCCUGCACGGUGUGCUCAAGGACUGGGAGCUGAACGGAAAGGCCAUCUACGCCGACAUCUUGGAGGACGGCUACGCGGCGCGCGCCAGCAACCUGCAAAUGUACGAGGCCAUCAGCAGAGACGUCCUGGGCCGCUGGACCUUCCCAUUCAUCCCCGACUGCAACGUCCUGCCCGGACAGAGCUACCAGAUGCGCAAGCACGGCGUGUCGGCGGAAGACGGCGUCGAGUUUGCGCUGAGCAGCCGCGUGUCCAACGCCAUCUUUGGCAAGAACACCAUUGUCGGAUCAGGCAGCACAGUCAGCGGCAGCAUCAUCGGCAGGCGGUGCACCAUUGGCGUCAACGUGACCAUCGAGGACAGCCUCAUCUGGGACGAUGCCAUCAUCGCCGACGGCGCCGUCGUCAGGCGAUCGAUCCUCGGCCACUCGACCGUCGUCGGCAAGAAGGCCUCGGUCGGCGAAGGUUCCGUGCUCUCGUCCGAGGUGACGGUCAGCGACAACAUUCAGCUGCCCGAAAGCACAGUCAUCUCGUCGCUCGCCCACGACGGCAAGCCCGUCGACCCCGACACCAAGCUGCUGGGCCCGCGCGGCCGCGGCACCGCCUACGUCGACCCCGAAGCCGAAGACUUUGACGACGAAGACCCGGCCAUCCUCCAGCGCUCGCUGCUGUACAACCUCUCGGCGCUCUCCCUCAGCGCGUCGUCCCUCUCGACGCUCUCGUCCGACCUCGACUCGGCCUUUGGCGACGACGACUACAACACGUCGCUGUCGGCCGACGAGUCGCGCCAGCGCCUCUCGUCCUUCGCGUCAGACGACUCGGGCGGCGCCGGCGGCAGGUCGUCGUCGUCGGCGGCAGCGUCCUCCUUCCACCAGGACGCCGUGCACGGCCUCCUCGACGCGCUGCGCGACGACACGGGCGACUUUGACUCGGCCAAGCUCGAGUUCAUGGGCCUGCGCCUUGCGAACGACGCGUCGGACGUGUAG